AGGGCUCUUUCAACUGGCGGAUGAAGUUCAAGGUCUCGCUCGGCCCCCGCACAAGGGCGUGGAAGUUCCCGUACCUGACCGUGCAGCUGUGGGACCGAGACUUGUUCAAGUUCAACGACCACAUCGCCGAGGGCCAGCUGGACCUCGGUCCGUACUUCAUCAAGGCCUACAAGACCUCUGAAACCGUCAAGCUCUUCCCCACCCUCGACCCCAAGCUAGAGGCCAUGCGAAAGGCGGAUGUGGGGAACAUGGACGUGGACGCCGCGCUGGAGGGGAACGAUGCUGCGAAGGAGCGCCUCUUGGCGGGACUCGAGAGCGGCCCCGCGGCGUACGACCCGGAGAGGGGGGAGAGGCCGCCGCCCCCCGCGUACAACAACGUUACCUCGAAUGGGUCGGAGAUCGUCGGCGGCGUUAACAACCUCUACGAGGGAGUCAACGGCGUCGCCCCUGCUGCCAACGGCGGCGUAGUCCCGGAAAGAAGGAAGAAGAAGAAAAAGAAAGGCUGCUGCGCUUUGAUCUGCAAGUGUUGUUGCCCUUGGAAGAGCGUGGCCGCCCGUGUGGAGCCGGGGGACUCGUCGGACGAGGACGAGGAGGCCAAGGCCGACGCUAAGGCGUUCGUCAACACGAUCAAGAACAUGACGGGGCUGUGGGACGACGACCCGGACGAGGCAAGAAAAGAAGAAAAAUAUAGAAUAGAGGAAGAACAAAUGGGCAAGUGCUUGAUGGGCGUCCAGAUUUGGCCCAUCGAGAAGGCGGAGCUGCAGCCGGUCGGCAACGGCCGCAAUGAUCCCAACAGCCAGCCCUUCCUGCCCCCGCCGGCGGGGCGCCUGCGGUUCAGCCUGAACCCCUUCGUGAUGGGGUCGGAGCUAUUCGGGCCGAAGAUCUGCGCCAAGAUCGCGUGCGUGUGCUGUUGCGUGAUCAGCAUCCUGCUCCUCGUAUACUUCAGCGGGUUCUUCAACCUGCUCCUCACGUUCGCGCUUAGCCUCAUCACUAACUAAAGCGAGCGGCGUUCGUUGUUGUCGGUGUUGUU